AUGAAAUUAAACUCAUCUAAAGCAAAGGAAAAUAACUCUAAAACAAAAAAUUCUAAAAAGCGUAAUAUAGAGAAAAAUAACACACCCGUUAAAAUAGCAAAAACUGGCUUUGAUCCUACAGAAAAUAAAAUAAAAGAUGUGAAGAUUAAUAUUUUUUUAUUUUUUAUUUUAUUUUAUUUUUUUUUUAAAUUAAAAAUACAGGUAACAAAAAGUGUGAAUUGUCAGAAAUUAAUACUUCAAAAAAGGAAAAUGAAACUGUUAAGAAAGAAAGAGAAUAAGAGUAUUUCAAAAGAUAAAGAUAAAAGCAGAAUUAGUUUAUCAAAAAAAGAUAAUAUAAAAAGCAAAAAAAAUGGAGGAAAGAAAGGUUAUGCAGAAGAAAUUAAAAAAGUAAUUAAAAAAAAAAAUAUUGAAAAGGAAAAAAAGGAACUAAAAAAAGAAACCCAGAAAAAAAAAGGAAUUUUAAAAAGAAAUAAUAAGAAGAAUCAGAAAAAAAAUUCCUUUUUAAAAUUAAGUGAAAAUGCUAAUGAUACCAAUUCUAAACAAAAAUAUAGCGAAAAUGAAAAGGAUGAUACUGAUUUAGAUGAUUCAGAGAAAGAUGAAAAAGCACAAGAAGAAAUAGAUAGAGAAGAAGAUGAAGAUGAUGAAGAAGAAGAGAGAGAAGAAGAAGAAAGAGAAGAAGAAGAAAGAAGAAAAAGAAAAUCUUCCUCAAAAAGUGAAACUCCAGAAGAUAGUAACAAUGAUUGUGGCGAUGAUGAUUUAGAUGAUUCAGAGAAAGAUGAAAAAGUUCAAGAAGAAAUAGAUAGAGAAGAAGAUGAAGAUGAUGAAGAAGAGAGAGAAGAAGAAGAAAGAGAAGAAGAAGAAAGAAGAAAAAGAAGACAUCCCUUACUAAAAGGAAUAUCAGAAAAAGAUGGUGAUAGUGAUUUAGAUGAUUCAGAGAAAGACGAAAAGGCACAAGAAGAAAUAGAUAGAGAAGAAGAUGAAGAUGAUGAAGAAGAAGUAAGAAAAUUUGAUGAAGAAGCAGAGAAAGAAGAAGAAGAAAGAAGAAAAAGAAAAUCUUCCUCAAAAAGUGAAACUCCAGGAGAUAGUAACAAUGAUUGUGACAAUGAUGAUUUAGAUGAUUCAGAGAAAGAUGAAAAAGCACAAGAAGAAAUAGACAGAGAAGAAGAUGAAGAUGAUGAAGAAGAAGUAAGAAAAUUUGAUGAAGAAGCAGAGAGAGAAGAAGAAGAAAGAAGAAAAAGAAAAUCUUCCUCAAAAAGUGAAACUCCAGGAGAUAGUAACAAUGAUUGUGACGAUGAUGAUUUAGAUGAUUCAGAGAAAGAUGAAAAAGUCCAAGAAGAAAUAGAUAGAGAAGAAGAUGAAGAUGAUGAAGAAGAAGUAAGAAAAUUUGAUGAAGAAGCAGAGAGAGAAGAAGAAGAAGAAGAAGAAAGAAGAAAAAGAAAGCCUCCCCACAGAAAAAAUUAUUUAAAAGAAAAAAAUGAUGACGAUGAAGAUGUGAAUAAAAAUUCUCAAGAUGUUGAAGGAGAAAAAAAGAAGGAAAAAGAAAAUGUUAAUAACAAUAAAAAUCAGAAAAGUGAUAAUGAAAGUGUUACUAGUGAAAAUAGUCAUACAAAAAAGAAUGAUCGUCUAUUUUCUUCAUUAAAUGAUUCAAACUCACCUAAUAAAUUGUUUAAUAAUGAAAAUAUAGAGAAAUUAAAUAUUUUUGGAAAUAUAAAUAUAGAUAUAGAAAAAUUAAGAAAAAGUUUAAAUAAAAAAAAAGAUCUUACUGAUGAAAAAAAGGAAGUUAAAAUGAGUGCUUCAGAAAAUGCUUUUGAAAAUGAAGAAACAUUAUAUUCAGAGAGUAGUAUAAAAAUAAGUAAAUUUAUAAAGAAAAAUGAGAAAUAUGAUUGGUCAGGUUACUUACCAGUCAAAAUACAAAUAAUGAAAAAUAAAGAAAAUAACAAAUGUAGAAUCUUAUGUUUCCAAAAAGGAAGUGGAAGAUUAUUUUUAAAUACAGAUAUUUUCAAUGGAUUCAAAAUAAUACCAACCAAAAAUAUGUCUGCUUUAUUUAGCGGAAGAGAUAUAUGUGAUGAAAAAAAAUUGAAUCAGUACAUUGUAACAUUUAUGAACAGUGCUUCAAGGGAUGAAUUUGUUAAGAAAAUUGACAAUAUUAUAAAAAAAAAUUAA